GGGAUAACGAGGCCAUGCAGGUCUUUGUGUCUGACAGGGUUCCUGUACUUUUGGACUCUGAGCAGGGAAGAUCUCAGAGGGAACGGUUUAGGAAGUGUUCUUCUUUCAGGACCAGACUCAAAGUGAACACCAUGUUUGUACAUCUACAGCAAACAAGGCGAAUAAUGAGAAAGAAGAGGAUCGAGUUCAUUCAGAAGAAAAUAUGAAGAAAAAGAAGAAGAGGAAGAAGAAGAAGAAGAAGAAGAAGAAGAAGAAGAACUUGAUGGUCCAUAGAUGGACAGAUCUGCUGGAGUCCAGAAAAAGGCUCAAAGAAGAGACAGUCAUGUUGAUGUGGACUUUAGAGAAAGUGAUCCUGGAUCUGAAACAUGAUCCUGGUUCAUCAUCUGACUCACUCAGCUGCUCUCAGGUUUUUGUACCACUGUUUCUCACUGUGGGACUUUACAUCGACGGCUACCUCAUCUUCGGCUCUGGGACUAAACUGAUUGUAACAGGUAAGAACAAAAACUUUAUCUUUAUUUUUUGAAUUGAUUUAUAAAACCUCAAAAUCUCUCCACAAAUCUGAAGUUAUUGAUGAAUUUCUGAUAAAUCUGAGUUUGAUAUGAAAUGUUGAGACAGUGUCACCUCUAUAUUUGGUCCUCUCUGUGAGUCAGAACCAUCAUUUCUUUAUUUAUAAUGUUAAGACAGUCAAAUUAACCUCAUGUCAAUUAUAUCAAUAUGAGGCACCAAAAACCUUUGUGUGGGAAUAUUUGUACAAGUAGACAGAUACUCAAUAUUAUCAACUAAUAUUUACAAUAAAUGUGAUUGAAUCUAGAUCUAUGGAUAAACUAUAGAAGCGUUUAUAUUUAAAUAUAUGAGGAAAUGUUAUUAUUUAUCAUUGUCUGUAAAUGAAGCUAAAAAAUGAGAUUACAGUCAAACACAUGGAGGAUGGUACAGAGGUAUGAAGAGUCUGAGUGUUUGUACAAAUUAUUAUAUUCAAACAGGAUGGAUGAUCUUAUCCUCAUUAUACUAUAUUAUAUUAUAUUUAUCGGAAGCCCUGAUGUUUUUCUAAUUUUGUAUCAGUAAUGUAGAAUAAUAAAUAAAUUACUGAUAUAAUGAUUAAUCACUUCUCUAAAAAGAGCUGAAUGCUCAGACCUACAACCUAAAAAUGUAGAAGAUAAUGUAAGGACUAAAAUCACCAUGAAAUUCUCUGAGAAUAAAAAUGUGUGUAUAUUAUGGACAAAGUAUUUUAAAGUUUAUUGAAAACAGUAAUAAAGUUGUGAUUCAGCUUUGUUGUAAUUAAAUAGUAUUUGUAGUAUUUAAAACUGUUUCAAUGAUUUUAAUUUUUGUGAGUGUGUGUGUGUGUGUGUGUGUGUAUGUGUGUGUGUGUAUCAGAUAAGCCCGUGGUGAAGCCCGUGGUGAGUGUGUACCUGGCAGCAUCCAGAGCCCAGCUGGAGGGGAAGAGCUCCCUGCUGUGUGUGGCCUCAGACAUGUUUCCUCCUCUGGUCCAGAUCUCCUGGAGAAGACGGGAGGAAGACGGUUCUCUGAAGGAGCUGUCCUCUGCUGACAGCAAGAUGUCGAGGCUCAGAGAGUCUAACUGCACCGCUUCCAUCUUAAAGAUUCAUAAAAGAGAGGACAACCUUGAUAAAUACAUCUGCUUAGUGCAACACGAGGGGGGAAGAGUGGAUUCAACGGCGCAACGUACCAGAGACGCUGUGUCUCCAACAGAAGCUCCUUCCACAUCAGCCUCCAGUCCUCCUCAGACUGAACCAACAGAGGCUCCUGCUGCUUUGACCUCUGGUCCUCCAGAGACAGAGCUCACAGACCCUCCAGCUCUUCCUCAGCAGUAUGGCGGUAAGAUUAACAUGUUUUUACUUUUAAACAAACCUUCUUAGUCAACAAAUGUUAUCACUCUUCUCUAACUACUAAUACUAUCUGAGGUGUACCACAAGGAUCAGUUCUAGAGCCUCUUUUUUACACACAGAGGCAGAACUGGAUGGUUUGGGCCAUCAGUGGCUUUUUGAAAGUUUUUCAAUUGAUGUAAAAUUUUUAUUUUUGAAUAGAGAAAACUGCAGGAACACACCUGAUAAAUGACUCCUGUAUGAAUAAAGUACCAAGAGGACUUUGUACAAAGAGUUGUGAAUAACAGAGGUGUGUGUGUGUGUGUGUGUGUGUGUGUGUGUGUGUGUGUGUGUGUGUGUGUGUGUGUGUGUGUGUGUGUGUGUGUGUGUGUGUGUGUGUCAGUGUCCUUUGAGUGCAGGGUGAAGCUGCUGUCAGUCCUGUACUCUCUGCUGAUCCUGAAGAGUCUGGUGUACUGCUGUGGACUCUCUCUGCUGACCAUCUUCACUAACAAGCCACCGUCCAUCAGCUGAUGUGCUGACUGACUGUUUCCUGCUCGCCGUUUCUCACCGCCAAACCUCAGCAGCUCACAUCUGUCUCAGACUCAUUCAGCAGGUAUAAAUGUAGAGUCAAACAUGCUGUGGUUUCGUUGUCAUACAUAUUGAUUUAAGUUUAAUAAGAACAUACAAACAGGUACAAUAUAUUCAAAUUCCAAAUUAUACUGUAUAUAUUUGACUGUUAUUCACUUUGUUCCCAUUAGUAUAAAAUGUCAUGUGUGUAAAAAAAUUACCAUAAAAUGUUUAUGCUUCACUUAAUGUUAAACAUGUAUUUCAGUACAUGUGCAGAGCGCCACAUUUAUCUGUUUUUGUUGGUUUCUUUUUUCAAUUCUUCUGUUUUGCAACUUUUUCAAUAAACUUAAAAAUAUUUUGAGAGUUUUUCUUUUAUUGCCAUUGUUAUUUAUGUUGCUUUAAAUUAUUCACAACAAAUAAAAUAAGGAUCAGAUUUUUUUAAUUUAAUCUACAAGUUAUUUGAUUUUGGUGAUUUGAAGCUCAAUAUUAACUGAGCAGAAAAUAACAGAAUAAUUACUUGUAUAAAUUUGAUCAAACAACUUAAACUGACAACAAAAAUAAGCAAACAUAAACUCAAAGCUGUAAUAAACAUCUCAGUGUGUUUUUACCUCCAGGUUUAAUGGUGUCUUCUUUUUUCAAAUGGUGUCAGUGUGAAAGUAAAGCUUUACGCUGAUGAUACUGUUCUUUAUCUACAUGAACAAACAGCAGACAGAGCUGAUGUCCAAACUUCUUUGGUCAAACUUUAAAAGGUUUUGUUUUUGAAAUGUUGAAAUGUAAAAAGACUAAUAUCUCAAACUCUCUAUUGACCUUUUCCUCUUGUAAAAUUAACAACAAUUCAAAAUGAAAACCUGCAGCAGCUCAAACUCAGUUAAUUGAUUAUUUUCAAUAAAAUUAUUGUGAUUUUAUUGUAACAACCUGCUGUUUUUCCUACUUAGUGGAUUAAAUUUACACAAAGGAAAGAAACGUGUUAGUGUUAUUGGUACAUUUUGGUAAAUACUUAGAAUAAUAUAAUUCUGAACAGUGAACAGGAUUACUUUAGUUCAUGUUUAAAAUAUGAGAUUACAUUUUAUAAAGCCUACUUUUUCUAACAUGUCAGUUUGAAAGUAAAGCGCUACGUUGAUGACACUGUUCGUUAUCUCAUGAACAGACAGCAGAGAGAGCUGAUUUUAAGCUAAAACUGAUUAAAAAUCAAGAUAACACAGAGGUUUUAUUUCAGUCUAACUCAGGUUUAAAGAUUUUUCUGAAACUUUACACAGACUGACAUCUGAAGUGAUUAAAUAUGAACCUUUGGAUGUUAAAGUGUAUAAAAUAUAAUUUUCCCAAAGUAUAAUAAAAUUAUAACCCUAACAGAUAAUGAAACAGAUAUAAUAAUGAUAAUUAUAAUAACAAUGAUGAGGCUGUCAGUGAUUUUGUUAAUGAUGUAAAAUAUGCCUUCAGAUGAAACUACAUCAGUAUCAUCCAUAAAAUUCUGGUCACCAUCAAAUAAAAUGAAAUGAAAAAAAUUAUGAUCAUGAACAAGAGUGACUAUUAAAAUCUCCACAUGAGAGUUACAGAAGAAAAAUCUUCCAGUCUUUUCUAAAACAAUAAAAUUAGUUUUUAUAAAUAAUAAAAACAGAAUAUUUGAUUGGAUUAUCUUCAUGCUUUUGGCUUCAGUUUGUUUUUACAUUAAAAAUUGGGUUUGAUUUAAUCUAAACUGUACAGAUUUAUAAGUCGGUCUAAAUUUGACUAAAUCUGUUGAAUAGAUUCUUUAUUUUUUUACAACUUGUGUUUCUAUUAGGAUUAACAGACUUAUUUUUACACAUUUUUUUCUUUUAUUUUUUAUUUAUUGCUUUUUUUUACUUUAACUGAUUUUUCAUUCUAAACUGUUUCUAAAUGUUUUUGUAUUUUUUCUGUAUUUCCUUUUUAAAUGUCUUUUUCUGAAAACUGAAGUUAAUUUAAUGCUCAAAAUCUACUUUUAUUGUAUUUACGAUUCAAACAAAAAUGCUUGUAAAAAUGUAAUAUAUAAAUAAGUUGAGAAGAAGAAAACAAUUUAAAUAAAGAAAAUAAAGAAAAACAUAAUGUGUUUCUGUCUUAAUAUUUUAUCAUGAGGAUGAAGCAGAAAAAAAGUCAAAUUUUUGUUUUAUUCUAUUAUAAAAUCCAAAUUCUCACCCACAUUUAUUCAGAUGUUGUUCUUUCCAUUGGAUUUACCCUUCCAACAGUUACUUUUCUUUGUUUUUAUUCUUUUUUUUUUAUUUUAUUCUGAUUGAGUCCCUCAGAAUAAGACCAGAGUCAGAGUGCAACUGUUUAAUUUUAUACUUUUUAAAAAUUUACUGCUGUGUUCAUGAUUUUUGCUCAAAGUCAGUUUCAGUACAUAUAAUUCUCAUCCUACAGUCAACCUGGCUCUGAUCUUUAGGAUUGCGUUGCUUAUUUUAGACGAGUGGUCUUUGAGAUGAGUUGCGUAGGUAAGAAAAGACAAAGAGGUGUUUAAAGUCGGAGCUGUCAGUCAGUCAGCGUGUGCGGCAGCAGCAGAUAUGCGUCCGUUGUAGGUGGUUAUUAGGGCUGAUAAAAACCUGUUUCUAGCAGAUCAACACUUCCUUCCUGCAGCAGAGAGCGAUGAUCUGUGUGGCUUUCUGCUCUAACUGUUAGCUCAGCUUUUUCCCUUUAAUAACACAAUGACAGUUACAACCAUCCACCCUGCUCACAGCUUCAUUCAGGAUAUUCAGUUUGAUCUCAAUGCUCAGAAUUCAGUCUGACCUUUGACCUUUGUUUGGGAUUCAAGGAGAGAAACAUUUCCAACUUUGAACUCAGAGCUGAGGAGCUCAAAACAAGUGAGAAAACAUGCAUCAGCUCUGGUUAUUUAUAAUUGUUUGAUGUUUCUGUUCGUGUAGAUAAGGAUCAGUAUCAUCAGCUUAGAGCUUUACUUUCACACUCGCACUAUUAGAAAAAGUGACAUAUAUAUACUACAGCUCCCUGUUUCACAAAAAUGCAUUAGUAACCCUGAAAAGGUUUAAUGUAUAUGUAAACAUACCCUUCAAUAAAUGUAAUUCUUAUUUUCAACACCUAUGAACUUGCAGUAAAGACAGUGUCCGUACAUUUCAUUAACACGACUCUCACUUUUCUGUACUAGCUGUGCUUCUUAAAAUAAAGCAUGUUGAUAAAUUAAACCAUUAAAUUAAGAGAAUAGGUUUAUUUGUUUUGAUUUAGUUGAAAGUCUUCAUUUGAGAUAUCUUAGUUUUAUGGUAAUAAGGAAGAAGAGGAACAAUGAGUUGAAGAUAUUUAGCUUCAUGGGUGACCUUUUAAAAUGCUGAUGAAAUCUAUAAAUGUGCAAUCAAACAAAAUUUAACAUCAGCCCUGUUUUUUAAGUAUAUAAAUAGGGAACAGUAUCAUCAGCGUAGAGCUUUACUUUCACACUCAGACCAUUAGAAACAGCAGACAGCAUUAAACCUGAUGGUACAAACACACAGGGGUAUGUUAAGUUCAGCUUUAAGUUGAUGUUUGCUCUUUUUUAUCUGACUCAGACGUGGUUUGAAAAUGUUUCUUUAUAUUCAUACAUGUAAACUAAAGUUUUCAUCACACAUAGGUGAAGUAAACAGGGAGCUACUUUAAAUCUAAUGUGACCUAAAGAUUUAAAUUCAGCAUUCAUAUGUUUUUUUUUGUAUUUGGACUUUUUAUGAGAUUUUAUCUGUUUUAGCAGUUUUAUAAUGUAGUAUACUUGUCGAACCAAAAGAUCCUGUAAAAGUAUUAUUUAAUAAAAACUGAAAACAUCAAACUACCUAAAAAAAAAAAAAAAAUUAAAAUACAUGAAGAGCCAUAAAGGACAGAGGACAGUCAGUGUGUUAGUGUGGUAUUAAAUUUUCACAGCACUUAGAAUAUGAAAUAAAAAGAAACUGAAAAUGAAAAUCAACAUUUUCUCUCUAACAUUUUGAUUUAAUUUUGAAAACACAGUACUAUUUCAUUUUUUUUGUAUUUUUUUCUUCAUAUUUCAGGUUUAAUGAAAACUCAGUUUUUAUUUAUUUAUUUUUUUUCAGUUUAUGUUCUCGGUCAUAAACUUGUUGACAGUCAGAGUUUUAUCACUUAUUUCUGAAACGAUCAUGUGUUUCUGUAUUAUUUGCUUUAAAUCCAAAACUAGAUUCACAAAAACAAAAUAAAACUCUUGAAUUUUGAGAGUUUAUUUGAAAAAUUUACACAGUAACAAUGUUGGACAAUUCUGAUCAUGUUUUGAAUAAUUCAAGGAAAAUAAAAAAAAUGGAAAACAAAUGAAAAAAACUUGAAGAAAGCUUACAUUUUUCGGUCCUAUCAAAUUACAGUUAAUCAAGUAGAAAUAAAACAAAAUCUAUUUGACGCCAUAUGAUUUUUACUUUCAUUCUCUUUCUAAGAUGACGUCUUUAAAACUGCAGGAACUUGUAUGAACAUGUCCUAAGCUCUAGAUUUGUAGCUUGUUAGCAGAUCUUGAAAAAAGCGGCGAGCUGCUGAGGUUUGGCGGUGAGAAGCGGUGAGCAGGAAACAAUCAGUCAGCACAUCAGCUGAUGGACGGUGGCUUGUUAGUGAAGAUGGUCAGCAGAGAGAGUCCACAGCAGUACACCAGACUCUUCAGGAUCAGCAGAGAGUACAGGACUGACAGCAGCUUCACCCUGCACUCAAAGGACACUGACACUGAUACACACACACACACACACACACACACACACACACACACACACACACUGUUAUAAGGUCCUAAAGAGGCAGCAGUAUUAGUUUCAAACGGUUUCCUAACCAGUAAAAAACCCUCACAGGAGCUUUAAAGUGAUCGUGUCAUAUUGUGGAUUGAAAUAUCAUGAACAUUAACUUCAUAUUUUCAGAUUAUUUGUUACUCUGUUUUGUAGAAACUUGUUGGAUGUAAAUAUUUGUCAUCUGUCUUUGACUGUGUGUUAAAUCAAGAGUGCAAACUGUCUGCUCCUGUUUCCUUUCUCUGUAUAUAUCUUGUGUUGUGAAAUUGCUUUGCACGUAGAACUGAUUUGAUUUGAAAUAUUUCCUGUGUGUGUUUAUAUUCCCUGUUUUUCCCCUUAUUCUCUCUCCUGUUUUAAAGCAGUGCCUGAACUUCCCUCUGAGGGUUCAGAAAGUUGUCCUGAUUCUUACAGUCGGUCUCUUGCAGGGCUGACGGCUCAGUCGGCUCUCUCUCUAGAGGACAGGAGGUUUCAGGAGCUGCAGGAACAUCUGUCAGAGACAAAGAGUAAAAGAACGGUCAGUCCUCUGCUCCACCAUCUCCAAUCUAAUCAAGCUGAAUUAGACACCCAGCUUUCUGGACCUUGUUCAGUGUGAGCGUCCACGCUGCCCCCCUGGUGCAGCACCGUGCAGAGGUAUCUGUCUGUUCUGUUCUCCCUCUGAGGGAUCAUCAGGAUGGAGACGGUGCGUUCAGACUCUCUGAGCUCCAGCUGCUCUCCGUCAUCAGAGGACAGCUCCUUCAGAGAACCGUCUUCCUCCCGUCUUCUCCAGGAGAUCUGGACCAGAGGAGGAAACAUGUCUGAGGCCACACACAGCAGGGAGCUCUUCCCCUCCAGCUGGGCUCUGGAUGCUGCCGGGUACACACUCACCACGGGCUUCACCACGGGCUUAUCUGACACACACACACACACACACACACACACACACACACACACACACACACACACACACACACUCUAAAGUCUUGAACAACAUUUUCUGACUUUCUAUAACUCACAAAAAUUAAAAUCAUUGAAACAGUUAUAAAACUACAAAUACUAUUUAAUUACAACAAAGCUGAAUCCCAACUUUAUUACUGUUUUCAGUAAACUUUAAAAUACUUUGUCCAUAAUACACACACUUUUUUAUUCUCAGAGAAUUUAAUGGUGAUUUUAGUCCUUACAUUAUCUUCUACAUUUUUAGGUUGUAGGUCUGAGCAUUCAGCUCUUUUUAGAGAAGUGAUUAAUCAUUAUAUCAGUAAUUUAUUUAUUAUUCUACAUUACUGAUACAAAAUUAGAAAACCAUCAAGGCUGCCAAUAAUAUAAAUACAGUAUAAUUUUAUAUAAUAUAGUAUAAUAUACUGAGGAUAAGAUCAUCAAUCCUGUUUGAAUAUAAUAAUUUGUACAAACACUCAGACUCUUCAUACCUCUGUACCAUCCUCCAUGAGUUUGACUGUAAUCUCAUUUUUUAGCUUCAUUUACAGACAAUAAUAAAUAAUAACAUUUCCUUAUAUAUUUAAAUAUAAACGCUUCUAUAGUUUAUCCAUAGAUCUAGAUUCAAUCACAUUUAUUGUAAAUAUUAGUUGAUAAUAUUGAGUAUCUGUCUACUUGUACAAAUAUUCCCACACAAAGGUUUUUGGUGCCUCAUAUUGAUAUAAUUGACAUGAGGUUAAUUUGACUGUCUUAACAUUAUAAAUAAAGAAAUGAUGGUUCUGACUCACAGAGAGGACCAAAUAUAGAGGUGACACUGUCUCAACAUUUCAUAUCAAACUCAGAUUUAUCAGAAAUUCAUCAAUAACUUCAGAUUUGUGGAGAGAUUUUGAGGUUUUAUAAAUCAGUUCAAACAAUAAAGAUAAAGUUUUUGUUCUUACCUGUUACAAACAGUUUAGUCCCAGAGCCGAAGGAGUAGUAGCCUCCUUCCCACAGUGAGAAACAGUGGUACAAAAACCUGAGAGCAGCUGAGUGAGUCAGAUGAUGAACCAGGAUCAUGUUUCAGAUCCAGGAUCACUUUCUCUAAAGUCCACAUCAACAUGACUGUCUCUUCUUUGAGCCACUUUCUGGACUCCAGCAGAUCUGUGGAUCUAUGGACCAUCAAGUUAUUCUUCUUCUUCUUCUUCUCCAUUUAUUCUAAUGAAUGAACCCGAUGCUCUUCUUUCUCAUUAUUCGCCCCCUUUGCUGUAGAUGUACAAACAUGGUGUUCACUUUGAGUCUGGUCCUGAUAGAAGAACACUUCCUAAACCGUUCCCUCUGAGAUCUUCCCUGCUCAGAGUCCAAAAGUACAGGAACCCUGUCAGACACAAAGACCUGCAUGGCCUCGUCAUCCCGAUGAGACCUCAUCUCCAUUGGACUGUGUAAAGUAUUCUCACCUCUUCUUUGGGGCAGCAGAGGAAGGCAGACCUUAGCAGGGCAAAGGUCAGUAAUAAGGGUCGGUGUCUGUUGUGUGGUGAUGGCUCCACCUCACUCCCUGAAGAAAGCUCUGGUAGAUCCAUUCUGCUGAUAGAACCAGAUCAACAUCCACAUGAUCAAGUAGGUGGUGCCCCAUCAGAAGACCUACCAGGUUACCCCUGAUAGGUGCAGCAGUCCUGGGUCAGCCUUGGUUAGCACUAACUCAGCCUAGAGACUCAACCAUGACCGCUCAUUCUCCAGAAACUUCUGCAGACUCAGGAGAGUCUUUUAGGUUAGGCAUUGCUGGUUCACACUUUGGGACCUUCUGUUCAGGAGGAACAUGAUCCCAGAGAACCAAAGAAGGUCUGGAGUCAGAGGGCCUGGAAAGAAGAGGACCAGGGACUUCUGGAUUUGUCAGGUCCAGCCUUGCCCACUCCCCUGCCAUACUGCUUCCAAAGAGGUCCUCAGCUGUGGUCGUGCAGACACAGCUGUAGCUACCCUUCAUUUCCCCAAAACACCAGUCCACAUGUGCUCACCAGGCUGAGGUUCUCAAUCUGGGGUGGCAGACCAUUGUCCUCCAAACAGGGACCAACAGGCCUCACUUAGUCCGUGCUCAUUCUUCAUUUCCAGUUUGUACAGGUCACCAUGACUCCCCUCGUGGUCAUGGUUGGAUGUGAACCGUCGUUACAAUAAAGGUCUCUCUGUACUGGACAGUCUACAAUCCCAGUCAGACCUAAUGGACUCUUCUGGACCAUGACUCCUGGCUGUUGUGUUUGCCAGUUUCUUGGAGUCUGAGGAAGAACUCUUUCACUGAAACUCAAACUGGAAGUGCAGACGGAUCUUUGCCUUUUUUGGACACUACUUCCUGUAUACAAAGCUAGCGCUGGUGGCUAACAGCAGCUAACACUGGCAGAGCUCCCACAGGGAACAUCGACGAACUUUCUAUGAACAUCAGAGAAAGGACGCCUCUCUACUGUCAUUGGUCCACACAGCUAUGGUGGUGGGAUGGACUGCAGCGAUCUGCACAUUCACACAGUCCUGAUCGAUUUGUGUCAUUGAUUGAUUUGAGUCACUCAGUGCGUUUACAUGCACAGUUUAUUUGGACUAAGCUCAUUAUUCGUUUUGUUUGCCGACUCGGACUUCUCUCCUUGUCCCCGUAUACAUGCAGCUGAGAAAAUCAAAUUGUUGACGUGAACGUGUCCUCCUCCUCAAAACUAGGGGGCGAUGUCGGUCUUUUCAGCAGCACGGUUUUCAGACAUUUUUAAAAGAUGUCUCCGUUCCUCGUUUCGCGACCGUCCAUAUACUUUAAAAUGUCCAUUUCUGUCAGGACGGAAAGCAUAAUGGCGCUCUCCUCGUCGUUCCAAAAGUGGACAUUCUUUCGUGUCUCAGCCAUGUUUCAGUUCCUUCUGAGUUGAAAGUUCUUUAAAUGAUUGCGCUGCUUCUUCUCUGGUGUUUUUACACUGUGGUUACGGAGGUGUGGCCCAGCCUCACAUGCAUUGUCCGAUCAUACUCCGACUACGCUGGUUACAUAGUAGAGAAAAUCAAAUUCCAAUCGCAUUAUCUGGGUGUCUUAAUCGGAGUUCUCCGAUUAUAAUCGUAGUUCUCAAACUCUGAUUAUAGUCGGACUAAGGUGUUUACUUGCACUUCAGUUGUCCGGUCUUAAUCGGAAUAAGGCGAUAAUUCGGUUUUCUCGAGUGUCAUAUAAACGUACUGACAGUUUCACUGAAGGCUUCAUCUCCUUUUCUUUCAGACAGGUAACUGUCAGCUUCUUUCACUUUGUUCUUUACUUUGUGAAACAACAAUAAACCUGCAAAUACAGUUUUGAUUAAAAAAAAAUAUAUAAUAACUAAAUGAAAUCAAAGAUCUAUAAUAACACCCUGACAGCAGUGAAUACAGGAGUCUCUCAGUUCAGUGUGUCUGUGACUCUGUCUGUGGUUUUCUCUUCAUCUCUUGGUUUUUGUUCAGCCUGCUCUCUUCAUUUCUCACAGUGGGUCUUAACUUUCAAACAGGAGCAGUAGUAGGUGGCUGAAUGAGAGACGUUAACUGUCUGGAUCUGCAACUCACAGCUGUUCUGAAUUUUUACAGCUGAGAAAUCAUCUUUCUGAGGAUGAUUAUAGCCUUUAUAUAUUAGACCACUACUCCUGUGUAUAUCAAGAAUCACUCUGAAUGUGUCUGAGUCUUUCUUCUGGAACCAGAAUACCAAGCUAUCAUCACAUCGGUCAGUUUGAUCACAGCUGAAGGAGACUUGUUCUCCUUCUCUCCUAGUCAGAGUUAAAUCCUCCUGGAUCAGAUCUUCUGCUGUUGAAAGCAAAGCUGCAGACACACACACACACACACACACACACACACAGAUGAAGUAGGUGAGUGAGACGGUGUUUGGUAAAGGUCGAGUUUGCUGGCUCCUGAUUGGCUGAUUGAAACACUCACCUGAACACAGACAGUACAGGGCAGCAGCUGGGAGGAGAAGCAUUUUGUGUGUCGGUGUUUCCUCUGGUGAUCCUGAGGAGAAGUGACGCUCUGAGAUCAGACGAGGACACCUGCUUUCUAACAGGUCCUCCGACAGAUCUCCCAUCAGCCCCUGCAGUGAAAUGAUUGACAGCUGGGUGAAGUUGUGGUGUGGUUUCAGCUCAGUUUGAGGUUUUAAGGGAGGAGAUACCUUCAGACAUGUAAAUGCUAAUGACAGAUUUGAUAGUUUGUAAUUAAUUCAUAUUCAGAAAAGAGAUUGUUGGUGGUAGAAAAAGAGAAACAAGAUUAAGAAAUGUGGAAAUGUGUAUUACUAAGAAACCAAAUUUAUUUAUGUAAUCUGUUAAGUGUUUAAAGAGGUCGAAGUCUAUAUCACAGUAUAAAGGACGUGUUAUUAUCAGUGUUGUUUUUUACAGUCUAUACCUUUCUGUUUGUCUUUGUAAGGAAUUUUGAAACCACUAAAAUUAUUUUUGGGGAAUUUAAGGAGUUAAUUUAUGAAUGUUUAUAAAUAUAUCUCUUUUUAUUUUUUAUAAAUCUGUGUUCAAGUUAAAGUUGCAUUAUAAAAGAAAAAGAUUCGCCCUCGGGUGCUUCAUAGAAACAGACACAGGUUGUGCACAUGCCAGCAUAAAAACAAACAAUACAUUUUUAUCAGACAAUAUUAAAAUAGAAACAUAUUUACACAGAUUUUAUUUGGUUAAAACAAGAGAAUAAAAUAGUUAUUAUGGUGUGUUUGUAAAGCAUUAACAGAGUUUGCUUUUCUUCAGCACUGAUUUAGAUUGAAUUUGACUCACUGCCUGACUACAUGUCCAGACUAACAAAGUGAAUUCACUCUUUUUUUACUUCUUCAUACUCGGCACAGUCUCAGGACAUUAAAUUCGAUAAAGGUCAUUUCUCAUCGUGUUGUUCUCUACCAUCCUGGAAUCGUACUCUGUUUAUGACCGAGCUUCUCUCUUUUUGUUCUGCUCUGAGAUUAAACCCUUAACACUGCUGCCCUCUAGUGGCUGAACCAUCACACAGCAUCAUCACUUAAGGUUUUACACAGCUCUUUCUGCUGUGCACUGUGAGGGACAUUUUCACUCCUACAAGGAUCAGAUAAGACAGCAAACAGAAAGUAAAUAAAAUGUAUCGUGGGAAAGUAGGCAAAGGUCUUGGAAACAUGACAGUAAAAGGACAUGGUCCCCAUUUGGUGGGUAUGGGGGCAAAUGUCCCCAUAAGUCUGGAUAACCAACACUUUAAGGGGACAGGCAGAGUAUCUCUCAACAAGAAAGAGAGAAAGAGAGCAGCAUUAGAGGGGGACAACACAAACUAAUCCUGCCUGAGAAGUUUUGUGAAUAGAGGAUAGGAGAAGCAGAGCAUGGCCGGAACACCAAAACCUAAAGUAUCUGCUUCAAAAGUCUGUUCUGCUCUAGACCAGACCCACCUGGAGAAGUUUAGACGUAACUGGACCAGCUUAAAGCGUUACAACUGACUGGACCAAAUUAAAAGACAAGCACCACCUAAGGGACUAGACCUGAGCGAGGUGCAACAAGACUGGACUGAGCCUGAGGGCCAUGACUGUAGGCCGUAUAUAGAAUGGACGCCAUCUGCCUCCUCAAUGGGUGAAGCCACCCCGAGAACAGCACCCCCUGGUGACGGGCUGUAGUAUAGGUCAUAAAUCCCACCUCUGCCAGCCAUCCUUAUAGACGGAUUUCCUGUGUACAAACAAUACUUGGUGCGCACACAACCAGGGGGCAAAAGACUGCUUUGGAGUGAACUGAUAUCAAUAAAGAUGCCGAAUUGUUUGCAAGUUCUCCCCGACACAACUGCAACAAAAUGUCAUUUCAUUGAAAAAUAGCUUUGUCUUGAAAAGCACUUGCUGAAAUGUCCAUGAGUUUCACUCAAUUUACCAGGUUGUGACGUUGUUUUAGAUGUUUCUAUUAUGAGGAGCAGGGUCGUAAUGUUGGCCGAUUGUUUGUUUUGCCGAUUCGUGUAGUUUACAGCACAACAGCUCCUUGUCGUUUUCUUUCUCCGUUGAUUCGGCUAGUAAACAAAUAAGGCUAUGUUCACAUUACAGGUCAAUUCCAAUUUUUUAACCAUAUCUGACACAAAUCUGAUUUUUUCAUGUUAGUGUGAACAGUGCAAUUCUGAUUUUUUCUAUCCGACCCAGGCCUCUUUUGUACGUGGAAAUAAAUCGGAUAUGUGAACGACUGCACAAAAAGAUUCGAUUUAACAAAGAAUCUGAAUUGUGCAUCAUAACCUGCAGUGUGAACGUAGCCUAAGAAAUGUCCCGCUUUCUACCUCUGGCUGCGCGCUCAUACCUGCGAUGACGUUGCAAAGAAACCUGUCUUUAGAAAUUUAUGACAAAGAAUAUUUCUCCUUCCUGGUUGUGAUGUUGACAUAUAGUUACUGUCAGACUGGUUUGUGCUCAAGUCCUCUUUUUUCUGUGCAGCUCCAUUUUUAAAAGUUAUUAGGGGGUUCAUGUUUUCUAUGAUUGACACUUGAUACAGCCUAUGGGCGUACAAAGAUUGUGUAGCUCACCUGGGGGAUACGCUGUUUGAGCCGAGCGUCAUCACAGCGACCUUACAGCUGAAUGCGUACAACGCUACUGCGCAAUGUUGGUUUCAAGAAGUGGAGAAAAAACACAGAAUUACCGAGAGCUUUUCGGCUUCAACUGGCAUAAGACAGGACCAAGUUGUCCGAAGUAUAUACAGUCUAUGGUCAUGGCAUGAACCUGACCCACUGAAAGGACCUUCAACAUGAACUGGACACACCAUGGAUGAUGAAACUUGGUUAAUUGAGUCAAAGUGUGGUUUAAAAUUUGAUCCAAUAUGAGUCAAAGUUGAUCAGAUAUAACUUGAUGCAGAUUGAAGCAGUGAGACACUGCAGCCAACAGGGGGCAGCAUCGUCGAUAUAAUGGCUGCUUGUACAAAGAGGUACAGACUUGAAACUUCAUCAGGGAGAGUGAUGUGAAACUAAUCAGUCAUUUUUAAGCAUGCUAUUUAGAUUGUUUUAUAGUUAUUACAUUUAGUUUAACGAAUAUGUAUGACAAAUGAUGUUCAUACUUUAAUAAGUCUCAUUAUUAUUAUUAAUAUGAUUAUUAUCAUUAUUAUUAUUACUUUUUAAAAAAUUACUGUUAUUAUGCAUAUUUUUAUAUUAUUAUUAUUAUUAUUAUUGUUAUUAUUAUUAUUAUUACUAUCAUUAUUAUUAUUAUUAUUAUUAUUAUUAUUAUUAAUGAUGAUGACACACCACUAACUUCCCAUUAAUACUGAACAUUACACACAGGUCUGAUACGUUCUCUUUUUACUAUUUGAAUUAAAUUUAUCCUCAAUAUGGUUUUCAAACUAUACACACUUUAAUUAUUUCACACCCUGUCACACUCUUCUGGGUUUGGAGUUAUUCAUUUUUUUGACCUGAUCAAAGUUUUCUUUCAUUUUCUGACUGUUGCCCAACCUCAUCCAAAUCUUAUUACUCUUUUUUUCAGAAUAACAAACUUUCUCACGACUGCUCAGUCAAUGUUCGUUUUAUCACGACUUUAGUUCUCAUGAAAAUUCAACCGUACACGAUUGUUUUUAUCACUUCCUGUUUUUACCCACAUCAACCAGUCAGAGCGUCUGCUGUUACAGAGGUUUCCUGUCAUGCUGCGGUCUUAUCAGUUCACUGCAAGGGCUGAUGGGAGAUCUGUCGGAGGACCUGUUAGAAAGCAGGUGUCCUCGUCUGAUCUCAGAGCGUCACUUCUCCUCCGACACACAAAAUGCUUCUCCUCUCAGCUGCUGCCCUGUACUGUCUGUAUUCAGGUGAGUGUUUCAAUCAGCCAAUCAGGAGCCAGCAAACUCGACCUUUACCAAACACCGUCUCACUCACCUGCUUCACCUGUGUGUGUGUGUGUGUGCGUGCGUGCGUGCGUGCGUGCGUGCGUGCGUGCGUGUGCAGCUCUGCUUUCAACAGCAGAAGAUCUGAUCCAGGAGGAUUUAACUCUGACCAGGAGAGAAGGAGAACAAGUCUCCUUCAGCUGUGAUCAAACUGACCGAUGUUCUAGUGACUGGGUAUACUGGAACCAGAAGAAAGACUCAGACACAUUCAGAAGGAUUCUUCGUAUAAGCAGGAGUAGGGGUGAAAUCAAUAAAGGCUACAAUCAUCCUCAGAAAGAUGAUUUCUCAGCUGUAAAAAUUCAGAACAGCUGUGAGUUGCAGAUCCAGACAGUUAACGUCUCUCAUUCAGCCACCUACUACUGCUCCUGUGGGAAAAGGGAGACCCACAGUGAGAAAUGAGGAGAGCAGGCUGAACAAAAACCAAGAGAUGAAGAGAAAACCACAGACAGAGUCACAGACACACUGAACUGAGAGACUCCUGUAUUCACUGCUGUCAGGGUGUUAUUAUAGAUCUUUGAUUUCAUUUAGUUAUUAUAUAUAUUUUUUUAAUCAAAACUGUAUUUGCAGGUUUAUUGUUGUUCCACAAAGUAAAGAACAACGUGAAAGAAGCUGACAGUUACCCGUCUGAAAGAAAAGGAGAUGAAGCCUUCAGUGAAACUGUCAGUACGUUUCCAUGACACUUGAGAAAACCAAAUCAUCGGCUUAUUCCGAUUAAGACCGGACAACUGAAGUGCAUUUAAACACCUUAGUCCGACUAUAAUCGGAGUUUGAGAACUCCAAUUCAGACACCCAGAUAAUGCAAUUGGAAUUUGAUUUUCUCUACCAUGUAACCAGCAUAGUCGGUUACAUGGUAGCCCCCCCCCCCCCCCCCACCACGCACACACACACACACACACACACACACACACACACACACACAAAAACACAAAAAGAGAUAGAAUCUUGAACAGAUAGUUUUGUAUUAUUAUGUAGUAUUUUUAUGAUUAUAACAACAAAAAUAAAAUAUUUCUCAAUUGCAGAAUUGCAGAAAUCCUUCAAUAGAAAAAAACACAAUCCUGAGGGCCAUUUUGACAACAAGAGUUAAUACAAAACCGCUUUGGGGUUAAGAAUUAUUCUUAUUAUCUUUUAUUUUAUUUUUUGGGAAGUGCUCGUGCUGCCCCCCAUGAGUCAUGACACAAAUGCUGCCCCGGGCGGCUGCCCUGUUCGCCCGUGCCUAGAACCGCUACUGGUAGUCGGAGUAUGAUCUGACAAUGCAUGUGUGCAUCCGCCACGCCCCCGUGACAAAAACACCAAAGAAGAAGUGGCGCUAUCAUUUUAAUAACUUUCAACUCAGAAGCAACGAAAGAACGUCCACUUUCAGAACGACGAGAAGAGCGCCAUUAUUCUUCCCGUCCUGUCAGAAAUGGACAUUUUAAAGUAUAUGGACGGUCACAAAACGACUUCCUGAGCUUCUUCAAUGAUAAAAUCUUAAAAAUAAGAGGUAAAAUUAGUAACCUAUUGACUCCAUCAAGUGUCUCUCUCUCAGAUAACCCUAAAAAUGUUGAGGAGCCCCUAAGGCCUCUGGUGCACCUUAGUAAUUUUGUACCUAUUGACCUUCCUGAGUUAAAGUCAGUGGUGCUAGCAGCCAAACCAUCGACGUGUCUCUUAGACCCAAUUCCAUCAAAAUUGCUGAAGGAAACUCUUCCUUUGAUUAGUACGUCCCUGCUCAAAUUGAUUAACACGUCUUUAUUAACAGGAUAUGUUCCCCAGUCUUUCAAGACUGCAUUGAUUAAGCCUCUCCUUAAAAAACCUACUCUGGACUCAAGCUCCCUAGCUAACUAUAGACCAAUAUCCAACCUUCCUUUUAUUUCUAAAAUCCUAGAGAAAGUUGUUGCGAAUCAACUCUGUGAUUUUCUCCAUAACAACGGUUUAUUAGAGGAUUUCCAGUCUGGGUUUAGAACCCAUCACAGCACAGAGACUGCUCUGCUAAAGGUGUCAAAUGACCUACUCAUGGCCUCAGACAAUGGUUUUCUCUCUUUUCUAGUCCUGUUAGAUCUUAGUGCAGCAUUUGACACAAUUGACCACUCCAUCCUGCUUCAGAGACUAGAACAAUCUAUAGGCAUAGCAGGAUCAGCUCUCUCCUGGUUUAAAUCGUACCUAACAGAUCGAUCCCAGUUUGUCAAUGUAAAUAAUGAAUCCUCUGCACACACCAAGGUCUGCUACGGUGUGCCGCAAGGGUCAGUGCUCGGUCCAAUCCUAUUCACCCUGUACAUGAUUCCGCUGGGUAAAAUUAUGAGGAAGUACUUCAUUAAUUUCCACUGUUAUGCAGAUGACACCCAGCUAUAUGUAGCAAUCAAGACAACCCUGGAUGUGAAACCCACACAUUCCUUACAGGAAAGUUUCCUUAUCUGGUCCCAGGAAACAGGAUAUAAAUCUUUCCAGACGUGUUUGCACUUUCAGGUUAAAUAAGUGACCCAACCAUAGGUUGACUAAACCUCUGACUCUUCAGGAUUGGUCAGUUCGGCGAACAGAGACAGAGUUUUUAUUACCUUUCAAACUGACUCCAUUACUGACCAUCUAAAUAAACAUUAACGUCUCAACCCAGAUCUCCCAUUUGAGAUUUAGCGUCUUAAAGUGUGUGAACAUACGGACCCCAGGAUAAGGGGGGACACUGACCUCCAGACCUCGGUCGUAAAACCCUGCUCGACCAUACACUGAUAAAGACUGCAUUCCUUUGGUGAAAGAAUACAAAUGACUGAUCAUGACAUCUUAUGCAUUCAGCAAUGUACUAAUCUGUCUAAUCAUGAAAUUUGUGUUAAAAUGAGAUGUUUCCCGUUUUUCUAUGUGCUUCAGAAGCCAAGUUAUCUUAUCUGACAGAAUAAAUCCUUAUUCUUUAGUUCUUUAGACCAACAGCUUUUCAGACUGUUUCAUGAACUUUUAAGAGUUAAAUUUAUUGACUAUGAAUCCUAAGUUUACUCUAAGUAACAGAAAUAGUUUAGAAAUGUUUGGUUUAUAUUUUAGUUAUUUAUUUAGUAUCUUAACCAUUAGGUGGUUAUAAUGUCACUGAAUAAUCUGAAUGUGAGUAUUUAGAAUCCAUUAUUAAUCAUGAUGACGUUCAUUCACAUGUGUUUACUCUUUUGUUGUUCACAUUUUCUAUGUGUUACUAUCUGUUUCAUUUCAGAGUAAUUUAGCAUGUUCAAUGUGAUACUUAAAACAUAAUGAGAAUGUUUGAUGUGAUCCUACACUUCAUUCAUAUGUGUUUAGUAUCAAAUUAUUUAUCAUGAAACCAAGCAUUCAAUGAUAUUAAUCAUAGUGAGUGAGUAUCAGAUCUGACUCUUUUACCAGCCAAAAGAAUAAGUUAGAUCAAAUAAUCAGAGACCCGAUGACCCCUCCUUUUUCUCCUCAGACACUCCCAGUGUGAGAAGAUAAAACCAGUGGAGUGGGGUUGCUCACUCUCUUGUCUCUUACUCUCUUAUGCUCCUCUUAUCUCUCUUAUGCUUCUGCUCUUCUGCGGACUCUCUUGUCCCCGGCUCUUAUGCCCCUUCUCUUCUGCCCACACCCUUCUGUGGUGCGUUUCUUUGUUUUCUCUUAGAACUUUUUCUUGGUCUACUAAGUUUUACGCCACGUGUUGAUUCACGUUGAUUUUUCUUUAACAUCGUCUUAGUUCAAAUUUUGAAACUUCAACUUUUUGUGCACAUAGCAAUUCAAGAUUAAGCCUUUGAUUGAUUUUCCUUUAAUUUCGCGAAGCCAUUUUUGAAAGUUUUCUCUGCUCUUUGAGCCUAGUUUUUCUGAGUUUUCUGCGUGAUUCAAAGUCACCUCUGAACGCAACCCAGCAGGCCCAGGUCAUCCUCUGUGCCAGAGUUUUUAAGUGAGACCAAAGAAGUACCCAAACGAGCAUCCACAGGAUCCACAGGCGCUGGCUUUGCUUCGGGCCCGAGUGCUGCAACUCCUGGCUCAUCCUUCGGCUGACUUCAGUCGUCUUCUGAGCUGAACCGCUCGAACCGCCAGUAGCCCCGGACCUUCGGAACCUGCUCCAUCUUCUCCAAGGACCAGUCUCACUUAAGUAUGCAAACCUCCAGAGCUCUAAAGAGGGCUGGUGCUGUCUCACGCGUUCAUAACUCAGAUAUCCACCUAUUUCUGGUGAUCUUAGAUUCCUCCAAAUCCACAUCCGAGUUUAUCUCGACACCAAAGUUAGUGUAGGUUAAUAUGUUAGCGCAUAUUCACUCACUAUCAUUAACUUUAGUGCUCCUAGCCUGACUCAGAAUCUUUAUUUAUUCACCUAUUAUUAUUUUAUCCUCAUUAUCUUAUCAUCAUUUAUUGCAUGUGUGUUGUACCAUCAUUUAUCCUGUAAUAAACAGAUCAUUAUUUUUCUAAGUUCCUGUCUGUUAGUGUUCUUCCAGAAGUGGAGUCCCUGAAAUUAGAAUUUCGACUUAAGAUAUGAGACUGAUUAAUUAAGACUGAUUAAUUAAGACUGAUUAAUUAAAACUGACUUGAUGUUUGAUUUCUGAAUUAAACUUUUGUUUUCUUUAUUUUCCCACCAUUAAGGGUGGGUGGUGCCCCUUUCAACGAGUGCAUAAAUGUCAUAAUUUGAGAUUAUUAAUCUUCAGACAUUUAUUAUAAAUUCCAAUCGCCAAGUAUUAUUUUGGUGCGGCCUUGUGAGGCUCAUUUCAAAUCGCUACAUAUAUUUUGGUGCGACCGUAUGAGGCUCAUUUCAAAUCACUACAUAUAUUUUGGAGCCCCUGCGUGAGGCGUUUCAAACAAAACUUCUGGAUACUAACAGACAACCUAAAACUUAGCCUUCCAAAUUGAUGAGAGAAACUUAUUCCCAGGCUGUUUUAGACUUAAUCACUAUCAAUGCUAUGCUUGCUGAAGUUGCUUGACUAAGUUCUGAUGUUUUCCUGAUCUAUGCAUAAAACCUUUAUGCUCUGUGUUUCACACACUUUUGUACUACAUGCCUGUAGUCUGUGUUUGAGCUGGACAGCGUGAAAUGUUGUUCUGAGUAGCAGUGAGACUGACUCUUCUACUCUGUCUAGACUGUCCAAUAUUUAAGUGCACGAUUGUUGCGUCGCCGUACGCUUGUAUUUAAGGCCUUUGGCUGAACCCAGUGUUCGCGAUGCUCCGAGCUGUGGUUUCAAGCCCCUGAAGUCUCUGUAGUCUGCUACGAGGUUCUAGUAACUAUAUGGGAUUCAGAUUUCCUCCUUUCCCCUGACAGAUUAGCUACCUGUCACAGGAAACCACUGUAACAGUGGGAGGUUGUUGUUUGAUUGAAUUCAGACAAAAUUUGUGAUCACAAAUCGCCGCAUUUGUGAUUUUAAAGUCUGCAGUUGAAUCUGCUGUUGAGGGAUUUGUCACUUUGAUUCUUGUCUCUAUAGUCUGCUACGAAGUUCUAGUAACUAUAUGGGAUUCAGAUUUCCUCCUUUCCCCUGACAGAUUAACUACCUGUCACAGGAAACCACUGUAACAGUGGGAGGUUGUUGUUUGAUUGAAUUCAGACAAAAUUUGUGUCCACAAAUCACCGCAUUUGUGAUUUUAAAGUCUGCAGUUGAAUCUGCUGUUUAAGGAUUUGCCACUUUGAUUCUUGUUUCUGUAAAUGAUUUUAUUGAACCAAUCUGCCUGAGCAGAUGGUGUAAAGUUCUAUGUUUGAGGGUGCAGACGCAGCCUGCUGUGAAAUGUUAACCCUUUGUUGUCAGUGGAGAGACUGACCAUGUGGCCUUAAGCAGAUAAGGCCCUUCAAGGAGGCAGAGCCUAAAGGCCCCUUCCUGCAGACUUCCCAACUCCUCACAGCCACAAGAGGCUAGUUGGAUGACUGUUUCCUCUUUUCUUCUUCUUCUCCACUAGUGUUGAGCUUGUGCAGUUCUCCCAACUCCAUACUGCCCCACAUGGUUGCUUUUGGUAUUGAGCUAACACUUAUCUGCCUGCAGUAUCAGCCAGCUGUACUGCCUCUCUGUAGUCAGUGCGUAACACUCUACAGACAUAAUUCAAGUGAUUGACUUGGUUGAUGAAGUUUGAUGUGCUUAUUCUAAAUCAUUGAUCAUUGAUUUUUGAUUUUUAUCUUUGUUAUAAGAGCCUCCAUAAUGUAUUGAUAAAGUAACUCCUUGAAUCAAUCACCUGAUCUUGUUGUUACUUAUCACAUCAUUGAGCAGUUUUACUGUUCCCUAUAAUACAUGAAUGUAUUAACCCUACUCAUAAGAUUAAUUAAUUAACGAACAAAUUAAUUAAUAUUUCAAAUUUCUUUUAACAUUCCAGAUAGAUUUGGUAUUCGAACCUUUGGAUUUAUUGCAAUUUGUGAAUUAACUUCAGAGUUAAUUCCUUAAAUUGACAAUUUCAUCGAUUUUGCCAAUUCAUCCAACUGCACCAGGCAGUUUAUUUAAGCUUUGCUGAUCUCUGCAACACAGAGACAAACUGAACCCUUUAUUCAAUGGUUCUGUAUCUGAUGUUAAAUUUAAUUUAACAUUAUUUCACCUUUUGUUUUCAAUUUUCAUUGAAAUGAAUUUAACUUUAUGUUAUUUUUCUCUCCAUUAGAGAUCUACUCAGAUAGGCUCUUUCUCUUUAUCAAGCACUGAUAAAUUAAGUCGAUUAACCCACUUAAUUUGAUAUUUUGCUUCUUCCUUUCAUUUUAAGUCAACUCAAACUCAUCAACCAACCACCUGCACCUCUUUACCAAAACCAAACAUGCCUAACACAAAAGAGUCCAGCCAGGGAGAUCCCCUGAGGGACAUACACACAGUGUUGGCAAACUUGACUAGUCAGCUGAUACCUCAGUAUAUGACUAAGAUUCAAAAGGCCAAACCCUCCAAUCCGGAGGAUGCAAUGGCUGACUUACUGGAAACAGCUUUAACCACGACACUUCGUGACAAAGAGCUCAUUAGAUGCAUGUCUGUCGUGAUGUCUUCUCAGUUUGAGUAUAAAGACUACUUGCUGGAAUGCGCUUUAGCAAAGAUAAAGGCGCAAAAAGACGAAAACAGCGCUCUGAAAAAGACGCUAGAAGAGACUAAGAAGUCUCUAAGUGUUUUAGAAAAACACAGUGCCAGAUGUGAAGCGUCAAAGCUUCCCUCACUGAUAAGUCAUGAAGAAAAUCUUGAUCUCAAAGACAAGAUUGAAAGACUUAAUGAAACCCUUUACAAAAAGGAGAAAGAACUUGAUGACACGAAUAAGCAGCUUGCUAAGACCACAGAGGAUCUGAUACAGUCAGAAUCCCUGCUAGAGCAAGCAACAGAAGAUGUAAAAGCUUUGAAAGCACUGGUCAAAGUGCGUGCUGAAGCUCUUGAAGUUAAGGAGAAGCAAACUUCUACCUUACAGCACCAGCUCCAGAUAGCUCAAAGACAGUUAAUUCUUUGUCAAGAACGGCAAGAAAAGACAGACAAAGAACUUGAAGAUGCCCAAAGAGAGUUACGAUGCUCCCUCCAGUCAGGUCGAGCCCAAAGAGAACGCAUGAAGCAAACUUUUCUCGAAGAAAUGAUAGAUGAUCAGCCUCCUGAGAGAGCGCCAUCACUUCCUUCCAAACCAACUCUUAAGUAUCUCUCUCAGCAUCAUGACAGGACCCUGCUUGACCCUGAGAGGUCAUCCUUAAGCCAAAAGUCCUACUCUCCUCCUCAUGAUGGUUUCUUACCAUCUCCCUCAGACAGGGAUCUUGACAAAAUUGCUCGCAACAUAGCACGCUUUGAACCUGAGCACCAAGCUGCUAUUGACACCUGCACCUACCUGAAAGACAUUGACUUUUACCUGAGGAAAUUUCCAGGUGCAACCGUUGAUGACAAAAUCUACCUUAUUAAGGCGACGUCAAGUCGAGAGGUUAGCAGUUUCCUUGAACGACAGCCUUAUCAUGUCAGAAAUAAUUAUGACUUGCUCUGCCAAGCAUUAAUCGAAGAGUUUUCUGAUCAUUUGACCCAGACAGGCCUUUCUGCUGCUCUGUCUAUUAAACAAGGGAGAUCAGAAUCUCCCCAACAGUAUUACAACCGCUUAUGCGAAGCUUACUUUGGUUUCCGAAAUGAACCAGAAAUGGAGGAGGACUUGAACUUCAAAACGCUGUUUGUCCAGAACCUCCACCCUACCACCAGUCAUCACCUUGGCGUCUUAGUUUGUUCAAACACUUCGACUAGCCGACAGCUUCGUGAACUUGCUGUAAAAGGUUUUGCCAAACAACGACAAACUUUGGCUAAGAAAGCAGAGCCCGUUACUCUCUUGGCUAGGGAGACAAAAUCACUGCCCAUGGAGCUGAACGAAGCUUCAGACUGUGUAUUUUCAGGCUCCAAUAAGCCUCCAAAUGAGUGGUUAACCAGGCCUCCAAAACCUUUUCGACCUCAACAAACUCACAAAGGUCAAAGUUACACACCAAGGCCCAGGUCUGACUCAGACCAAUGCCAGGUAAACUUUGAGACCAACUGUUGUUAUUCAGACUCCCGUCAUGGUGGGUUUUAUCCCAGACAAAGGCAAAACCAUCAACACCGCCAAAGGGGGGUGAAUGACUGGCAGAAUCAGAGUAAAUCACACUCUCAGAAACGACGAUCUUAUUAUCCACCUCAAUCGGUUUCAUCCACUUCGAAGGUGAAUAAACAUGACAACUCAGCUAACCACUGAGAUUAACACUGCGGAGUCAUGAAGGUGUGAGUCCUGCGAAAGCAGAAGUCACCCAGCCAAAGCUGAAUGACUCCAAUAAGAUAUCCAAAUGCUGUGGUGAUACAUUGAUGACUGCAAUCCCAGUUGCUGCUUUCUUUGUUAGCAUUUGUCUCUCCUCUGUCAAUAUGGUCAGCUUGUCAGCUGUCAAAUAUCCCAUGAACAGAUUAAAAACUGAAAUUUCUGUCAUUAAGACUCAGAUUGACAAAUUUCAGACUCAACAGCAGAUAAUUAGUCAAACCGAUAAGAGCAUCAUCCCCAAGUUUAACAGACAAAGUUUAAGAGAAACUCUGUGCAGUAAACUUUUGAUGUUUGUGAUUCAGGUUGACUAUGCUCAUACACAGAUGGUUAAUAUGUCUAUAGCAGACAUUUCUUUUCCACCUAAGUUUUAACCAUUUUUGAAACUGAAAUUGAACUUUCAGACUUCUCCAGCAAGCAUGAAAAACAGCUAUAGCUUUAGAUCCAGUUAGCAUUCAGACUAAAGAGUGCUUUUCUAAAUCUCAUUAAUAAUAAAAAUUAGGAGAUUUUCUUUCACAUUAGUCUACCAAUAGUUAACUGAGAAAAGUCUAACAACUAGACGAUUUUAUUUGAUAGCUUAAUGCAUGCUUAAUUUUAUCUCAAAGCAGUACUAGUGAUUCACAUAGUGAUGACGAGACGCAUCAGUCCUAUUUGCAUACACCUGCUGCUGCUUCAUGGUUGUCUACUCGUCGUCCCGAUGCUCCAUGGACAGGACCACCGUGACGAAGGGGGGACUGUAGCAAUCAAGACAACCCUGGAUGUGAAACCCACACAUUCCUUACAGGAAAGUUUCCUUAUCUGGUCCCAGGAAACAGGAUAUAAAUCUUUCCAGACGUGUUUGCACUUUCAGGUUAAAUAAGUGACCCAACCAUAGGUUGACUAAACCUCUGACUCUUCAGGAUUGGUCAGUUCGGCGAACAGAGACAGAGUUUUUAUUACCUUUCAAACUGACUCCAUUACUGACCAUCUAAAUAAACAUUAACGUCUCAACCCAGAUCUCCCAUUUGAGAUUUAGCGUCUUAAAGUGUGUGAACAUACGGACCCCAGGAUAAGGGGGGACACUGACCUCCAGACCUCGGUCGUAAAACCCUGCUCGACCAUACACUGAUAAAGACUGCAUUCCUUUGGUGAAAGAAUACAAAUGACUGAUCAUGACAUCUUAUGCAUUCAGCAAUGUACUAAUCUGUCUAAUCAUGAAAUUUGUGUUAAAAUGAGAUGUUUCCCGUUUUUCUAUGUGCUUCAGAAGCCAAGUUAUCUUAUCUGACAGAAUAAAUCCUUAUUCUUUAGUUCUUUAGACCAACAGCUUUUCAGACUGUUUCAUGAACUUUUAAGAGUUAAAUUUAUUGACUAUGAAUCCUAAGUUUACUCUAAGUAACAGAAAUAGUUUAGAAAUGUUUGGUUUAUAUUUUAGUUAUUUAUUUAGUAUCUUAACCAUUAGGUGGUUAUAAUGUCACUGAAUAAUCUGAAUGUGAGUAUUUAGAAUCCAUUAUUAAUCAUGAUGACGUUCAUUCACAUGUGUUUACUCUUUUGUUGUUCACAUUUUCUAUGUGUUACUAUCUGUUUCAUUUCAGAGUAAUUUAGCAUGUUCAAUGUGAUACUUAAAACAUAAUGAGAAUGUUUGAUGUGAUCCUACACUUCAUUCAUAUGUGUUUAGUAUCAAAUUAUUUAUCAUGAAACCAAGCAUUCAAUGAUAUUAAUCAUAGUGAGUGAGUAUCAGAUCUGACUCUUUUACCAGCCAAAAGAAUAAGUUAGAUCAAAUAAUCAGAGACCCGAUGACCCCUCCUUUUUCUCCUCAGACACUCCCAGUGUGAGAAGAUAAAACCAGUGGAGUGGGGUUGCUCACUCUCUUGUCUCUUACUCUCUUAUGCUCCUCUUAUCUCUCUUAUGCUUCUGCUCUUCUGCGGACUCUCUUGUCCCCGGCUCUUAUGCCCCUUCUCUUCUGCCCACACCCUUCUGUGGUGCGUUUCUUUGUUUUCUCUUAGAACUUUUUCUUGGUCUACUAAGUUUUACGCCACGUGUUGAUUCACGUUGAUUUUUCUUUAACAUCGUCUUAGUUCAAAUUUUGAAACUUCAACUUUUUGUGCACAUAGCAAUUCAAGAUUAAGCCUUUGAUUGAUUUUCCUUUAAUUUCGCGAAGCCAUUUUUGAAAGUUUUCUCUGCUCUUUGAGCCUAGUUUUUCUGAGUUUUCUGCGUGAUUCAAAGUCACCUCUGAACGCAACCCAGCAGGCCCAGGUCAUCCUCUGUGCCAGAGUUUUUAAGUGAGACCAAAGAAGUACCCAAACGAGCAUCCACAGGAUCCACAGGCGCUGGCUUUGCUUCGGGCCCGAGUGCUGCAACUCCUGGCUCAUCCUUCGGCUGACUUCAGUCGUCUUCUGAGCUGAACCGCUCGAACCGCCAGUAGCCCCGGACCUUCGGAACCUGCUCCAUCUUCUCCAAGGACCAGUCUCACUUAAGUAUGCAAACCUCCAGAGCUCUAAAGAGGGCUGGUGCUGUCUCACGCGUUCAUAACUCAGAUAUCCACCUAUUUCUGGUGAUCUUAGAUUCCUCCAAAUCCACAUCCGAGUUUAUCUCGACACCAAAGUUAGUGUAGGUUAAUAUGUUAGCGCAUAUUCACUCACUAUCAUUAACUUUAGUGCUCCUAGCCUGACUCAGAAUCUUUAUUUAUUCACCUAUUAUUAUUUUAUCCUCAUUAUCUUAUCAUCAUUUAUUGCAUGUGUGUUGUACCAUCAUUUAUCCUGUAAUAAACAGAUCAUUAUUUUUCUAAGUUCCUGUCUGUUAGUGUUCUUCCAGAAGUGGAGUCCCUGAAAUUAGAAUUUCGACUUAAGAUAUGAGACUGAUUAAUUAAGACUGAUUAAUUAAGACUGAUUAAUUAAAACUGACUUGAUGUUUGAUUUCUGAAUUAAACUUUUGUUUUCUUUAUUUUCCCACCAUUAAGGGUGGGUGGUGCCCCUUUCAACGAGUGCAUAAAUGUCAUAAUUUGAGAUUAUUAAUCUUCAGACAUUUAUUAUAAAUUCCAAUCGCCAAGUAUUAUUUUGGUGCGGCCUUGUGAGGCUCAUUUCAAAUCGCUACAUAUAUUUUGGUGCGACCGUAUGAGGCUCAUUUCAAAUCACUACAUAUACCUAUCCAUAAAGCCAGAGGAAGCAGGCCAGGUUGCUAGGUUAGAAGCCUGCCUCAAAGAUAUAAAAUCCUGGAUGACCAAUAAUUUUCUAAUGCUCAACUCAGACAAAACUGAAGUUCUGGUCCUCGGUCCUAAACACCUUAGAGAGGCGUUCUCUAGUAAUUUAGCUACAUUUGAUGGUAUCAGCCUGGCAUCCAGCCCCACUGUGCGAAAUCUAGGAGUUGUAUUUGAUCAGGAUUUAUCUUUUAGCUCCCACAUUCAACAAAUUUCCAGGACAGCCUUUUUCCACCUGCGCAAUAUCUCAAAAAUUAGACGUAUAUUGUCUCAGAGCGAUGCAGAAAAACUAGUCCAUGCCUUUGUUACCUCUAGGCUGGAUUACUGUAAUUCUCUCCUAUCAGGCUGCUCUAGUAAGUCAUUAAGGACUCUUCAGCUGGUCCAAAAUGCAGCAGCUCGGGUAUUGACUAGAACUAGAAGGAGGGAGCACAUCUCUCCUGUUUUAGCCUCUCUUCACUGGCUCCCUAUUAAAUAUAGAAUUGAGUUUAAAAUCCUCCUUGUGACAUAUAAAGCGCUUAAUAGCCUGGCGCCAUCAUAUCUCAACGAGCUAGUUAUACCGUACUUUCCAUCUAGACCGUUACGCUCACAGUCUGCAGGUCUGCUCGUUGUACCAAAUGUCUCUAAAAGUAGUAUUGGAGGAAGAGCUUUCAGCUACCAGGCACGUCUCCUCUGGAAUCAUUUACCGCUCGAGGUUCGGGGGGCAGACACACUCUCAACUUUCAAGAGUAGACUUAAAACGUUCCUCUUUGAUAAAGCCUAUAGUCAGGGCUGAUUUGAACCAGCUCUUAGUUAUGCUGCUAUAGGCCUAGACUGCCGGGGCUAUCUGGCACACUGAGCUAGAGUCUGUCUCUAUCUCCUCUUUAGAUCUUUAUGUCCCAUAUAAGUCACUGACCAGUUUUCUGUCUCUCUGAGUGUCUCUGAGUCUUUUAGCUGCCACUGGACUAAUGCUGCAAACAGGUCUGCUGCGGAACUGCCUGACCCCAGCUGCAUCCACCCUGGGCCCUGAGCUCCUCCAACUCUUUGGCUCUUUGGCUCCUCUGGACCGUUGCCGCAGACCCCCCCCCCCCCCCGGCCCUGAGCUCCUUCUUCUCUCUGAUUCCUCUGGACUGUUGCUGUUACUGUUACUGCAGACAUGGACAUCAGCCUCACUGUCAUUAUUGACAUUAAUAAUACAAAAUAGAACUGACUACGAUUAAGCCUGCUAACUGUAAUCGCACUCAAUUAAUUCAACAUUGUCCAUUAUCACUCAUAUCCUAAACCUGUAAACUGAACUUCUUUUUGUUUCACCAUUACAUGAGCUGUUGUUGUUGUUGCUGUUGUUCCUGCUGCCUCCUGUCUCUCUCUCACCCUCGUUCCCUACUCUCUCUCCCUCCCCCUCCCUCUCCAUACUCAUUCUCUCUCGCCUUUUCCCCAUCUUGUUGUCUCUCUCCCUCCCCCUGUCCUCUCCCCCUCUCCCCUCUUCUCUCUACAUUCCUCCCCAACCCAGCAGCGGCAUGGUGGCUGUCUAGCAUGAGGCUGGUCCUGCCCAAGGUUUCUGCCUGUUAAAAGGAAGUUUUUCCUUGCCACUGUAACUCAUGUUAGUUGAGAUGGGCCAAAACCCAUCUUAGGUUGGUUCUUGAUCAUCAAACAAUGAGCGUGGUCCAGACCUGCUCUUGUUCCUUGAAAAGCGUCUUGAGAUGACGACUGUUGUGAAUUGGCGCUAUAUAAAUAAAAUUUGAUUUGAUUUGAUUUGACAAAACAGGGAACGGAGACAUCUGUCUGGAAACAGCGCUAUAUCUAGUGUCAUGUAAAGUUUUGUUCAAUUCUGAUGAUGUUUAGUGGAUGAAUCAGCGCUUCAAACACUCAGUCCAUGAAUGAAGACUGGCGUGUGCAACACCGAAGGGGUUAAAAUGAUGUGCUGGCUCAAUCUGUUGUAUCACUGUGGGACAGUAAAAAUGAAGGGGUAGCUACAGCUUGGUCUGCACGACCACAGCUGAGGACCUCUUUGGAAGCAGUAUGGCAGGGGAGUGGGCAAGGCUGGACCUGACAAAUCCAGAAGUCCCUGGUGUAGCAAUCAAGACAACCCUGGGUGUGAAACUCACACAUUCCUCACAGGAAAGUUUCCUUAUCUGAUCCCAGGACACAGGAUAUAAAUCUUUCCAGACUUGUUUGCACUUUCAGGUUACCUAAAUGACCCGACCGGAGGUUGACUAAACCUCUGACUCUUCACGAUUGGUCGAUUCGGAGAACAGAGACAGAGUUUUUAUUACCUUUCAAACUGACUCCAUUGCUGACCAUCUAAAUAAACAUUAACGCCUCAACCCAGAUCUCCUAUUUGAGAUUUACCUUCUUAAAGUGUGUGAACAUACGGACCCCAGGAUAAGAGGGGACACUGACCUCCAGACCUCGGUCGUAAAACCCUGCUCGACCAUAAACUGAUAAAGACUACAUUCCUUUGGUGAAAGAAUACAAAUGACUGAUCAUGACAUCUUAUGCAUUCAGCAAUGUACCAAUCUGUCUAAUCAUGAAAUUUGUCUUAAAAUGAGACGUUUCCCAUUCUUCUAUGUGCUUCAGAAGCCGAGUUAGCACUCUGACAGAAUAAAUCCUUAUUCUUUACUUUCUUUAGACCAACAGCUUUUCAGACUGUUUCAUGAACUUUUAAGAGUUAAAUUUAUGAAUCAUAACUUUACUCUAAGUAACAGAAAUGUUUGGUUUGUAUUUUAGUUGUUUAUUUAGUAUUUUUAACCAUUAGGUGGUUAUAAUGUCAUUGAAUAAUCUGAAUGUGAGUAUGUUUACUCUUUUGUUGUUCACAGCUUCCAUGUGUUACUAUCUGUUUCAUUUCAGAGUAAUUUAGCAUGUUCAAUGUGAUACUUCAAACAUAAUGAGAAUGUUUGAUAUGAUCCUACACUUCAUUCAUAUGUGUUUAGUAUCAAAUUAUUUAUCAUGAAACCAAGCAUUCAAUGAUAUUAAUCAUAGUGAGUGAGUAUCAGAUCUGACUCUUUUACCAGCCAAAAGAAUAAGUUAGAUCAAAUAAUCAGAGACCCCAUGAACCCUCCUCUUUCUCCUCACACACACGCCAGAGACACUCCCAGUGUGAGAAGAUAAAACCAGUGAAGUGGGAUUGCUCACGCUCUUGUCCACUCUCUUAUGCCCCUUACUCUUGUACCCUCUCUUCUGUCCACACCCUUCUGUGGUGCGCUUCUUUGUUUUCUCUUAGAACUUUUUCUUAGUCUACUAAGUUUUACGCCACGUGUUGAUUCACGUUGAUUUUUCUUUAACAUCGUCUUAGUUCAAGUUUUGAAACUUAAACUUUUUGUGCGCAUAGCAAUUCAAGAUUAAGCCUUUGAUUGAUUUUUCUUUAAUUUCGCGAAGCCAUUUUUGAAAGUUUUCUCUGCUCAAGUCUCGUUUUUCUGAGUUAUCUGUGUGAUUUCAAAGUCACCUCUGAACGCAACCCAGCAGGCCCAGGUCAUCCUCUGUGCCAGAGUUUUGAGUGAGACCAAAGAAGUGUCCAAACGAGCAUCCACAGGAUCCACAGGCGCCGGCUCUACUUCAGGCCCGAGUGCUACAACUCCUGGCCCAUCUUUCGGCUGACUUCAGUCGUCUUCUGAGCUGAACCGCUCGAACCACCGGUAGCCCCGGACCUUCGGAACCUGCUCCAUCUUCUCCAAGGACCAGUCUCACUUAAGUAUGCAAACCUCCAGAGCUCUAAAGAGGGCUGGUGCUGUCUCAUGCGUUCAUAACUCAGAUAUCCACUUAUUCUGGUAAUCUUAGAUUCCUCCAAAUCCACAUCCGAGUUUAUCUCGACACCAAAGUUGGUGUAGGUUAAUAUGUUAGCGCAUAUUCACUCACUAUUAUUAACUUUAGUGCUCCUAGCCUGACUCAGAAUUUUUAUUUAUUCACCUAUUAUUAUUUAUCUUCAUUAUCUUAUCAUCAUUUAUUGCAUGUAUGUUGUACCAUCAUUUAUCUUGUAAUAAACAGAUCAUUAUUUUUCUAAGUUCUUGUCUGUUAGUGUUCUUCCAGAAGUGGAGUCCCUGAAAUGAGAAUUUCGGCUCAAGAUAUGAGACUGAUUAAUUAAAACUGACUUGAUGUUUGAUUUCUGAAUUAAACUUUUGUUUUCUUUAUUUUCCCACCAUUAAGGGUGGGUGGUGCCCCUUUCAACGAGUGCAUAAAUGUCAUAAUUUGAGAUUAUUAAUCUUCAGACAUUUAUUAUAAAUUCCAAUCGCUACAGUAAUAUUUUGGUGCGACCGUGUGAGGCUCAUUUCAAAUCGCUACACUGGUCCUCUUCUUUCCAGGCCUUCUGACUCCAGACCUUCUUUGGUUCUCUGGGAUCAUGUUCCUCCUGAACAGAAGGUCCCAGAGUGUGAACCAGAGAUGCCUAACCUAAAAGACUCUCCUGAGUCUGCAGAAGUUUCUGGAGAAUGAGCGGUCAUGGUUGAGUCUCUAGGUUAAGUUAGUGCUAACCAAGGCUGACCCAGGACUGCUGCACCUAUCAGGGGUAACCUGGUAGGUCUUCUGAUGGGGCACCACCUACUUGAUCAUGUGGAUGUUGAUCUGGUUCUAUCAGCAGAAUGGAUCUACCAGAGCUUUCUUCAGGGAGUGAGGCAGAGCCAUCACCACACAACAGACACCGACCCUUAUUACUGACCUUUGCCCUGCCAAGGUCUGCCUUCCUCUGCUGCCCCAAAGAAGAGGUGAGAAUACUUUACACAGUCCAAUGGAGAGGAGGUCUCAUCGGGAUAACGAGGCCAUGCAGGUCUUUGUGUCUGACAGGGUUCCUGUACUUUUGGACUCUGAGCAGGGAAGAUCUCAGAGGGAACGGUUUAGGAAGUGUUCUUCUUUCAGGACCAGACUCAAAGUGAACACCAUGUUUGUACAUCUACAGCAAACGAGGCGAAUAAUGAGAAAGAAGAGCAUCGGGUUCAUUCAGAAGAAUAAAUGGAGAAGGAGAAGAAGAAGAAGAAGAAGAAGAACUUGAUGGUCCAUAGAUCCACAGAUCUGCUGGAGUCCAGAAAGAGGCUCAAAGAAGAGACAGUCAUGUUGAUGUGGACUUUAGAGAAAGUGAUCCUGGAUCUGAAACAUGAUCCUGGUUCAUCAUCUUACUUAUUCAGCUGCUCUCAGGUUUUUGUACCACUGUUUCUCACUGUGGGAGUCUACGACUACUUCAUCUUCGGCUCUGGGACUAAACUGAUUGUAACAGGUAAGAACAAAAACUUGAUCUUUAUUGUUUGAACUGAUUUAUAAAAACUCAAAAUCUCUCCACAAAUCUGAAGUUAUUGAUGAAUUUCUGAUAAAUCUGAGUUUGAUAUGAAAUGUUGAGACAGUGUCACCUCUAUAUUUGGUCCUCUCUGUGAGUCAGAACCAUCAUUUCUUUAUUUAUAAUGUUCAGACAGUCAAAUUAACCUCAUGUCAAUUAUAUCAAUAUGAGGCACCAAAAACCUUUGUGUGGGAAUAUUUGUACAAGUAGACAGAUACUCAAUAUUAUCAACUAACAUUUACAAUAAAUGUGAUUUAAUCUAGAUCUAUGGAUAAACUAUAGAAGCGUUUAUAUUUAAAUAUAUAAGGAAAUGUUAUUAUUUAUUAUUGUCUGUAAAUGAAGCUAAAAAAUGAGAUUACAGUCAAACACAUGGAGGAUGGUACAGAGGUAUGAAGAGUCGGAGUGAUUGUACAAAUUAUUAUAUUGAAACAGGAUUGAUGAUCUUAUCCUCAUUAUAUUAUAUUAUAUUAUAUUAUAUUAUAUUACAUUAAAUGUAAUACAAUUCCUUUUUAUCAGUAAUGUAUAAUAAUAAAUAAAUUACUGAUAUAAUGAUUAAUCACUUCUCUAAAAAGAGCUGAAUGCUCAGACCUACAACCUAAAAAUGUAGAAGAUAAUGUAAGGACUAAAAUCACCAUUAAACUCUAUGAGAAUAAAAAUGUGUGUAUAUUAUGGACAAAGUAUUUUAAAGUUUAUUGAAAACAGUAAUAAAGUUGUGAUUCAGCUUUGUUGUAAUUAAAUAGUAUUUGUAGUUUUAUAACUGUUUCAAUGAUUUUAAUUUUUGUGAGUUUGUACCUGGCAGCAUCCAGAGCCCAGCUGGAGGGGAAGAGCUCCCUGCUGUGUGUGGCCUCAGACAUGUUUCCUCCUCUGGUCCAGAUCUCCUGGAGAAGACGGGAGGAAGACGGUUCUCUGAAAGAGCUGUCCUCUGCUGACAGCGAGAUAUCUAAGCUCGGAGAGUCUAACUGCACCGCUUCCAUCUUAAAGAUUCAUAAAAGAGAGGACAACCUUGAUAAAUACAUCUGCUUAGUGAAACAUGAGGGGGGAAGAGUGGAUUCAACAGUACAACGUACCGGAGACGCUGUGUCUCCAACAGAAGCUCCUGCUGCCUUGACCUCUGGUCCUCCAGAGACAGAGCUCACAGACCUUCCAGCUCUUCCUCAGCAGUAUGGCGGUAAGAUUAACAUGUUUUUACUUUUAAAAAAACCUUCUUAGUCACCAAAUGUUAUCACUCUUCUCCAACUAUUAAUACUAUCUGAGGUGUACCACAAGGAUCAGUUCUAGAGCCUCUUUUUUACACACAGAGGCAGAACUGGAUGGUUUGGGCCAUCAGUGGCUUUUUGAAAGUUUUUCAAUUGAUGUAAAAUUUUUAUUUUUGAAUAGAGAAAACUGCAGGAACACACCUGAUAAAUGACUCCUGUAUGAAUAAAGUACCAAUAGGACAAAGAGUUGUGAAUAACAGAGGUGUGUGUGUGUGUGUGUGUGUGUGUGUGUGUGUGUGUGUGUGUGUGUGUGUGUGUGUGUGUGUGUGUGUGUCAGUGUCCUUUGAGUGCAGGGUGAAGCUGCUGUCAGUCCUGUACUCUCUGCUGAUCCUCAAGAGUCUGGUAUACUGCUGUGGACUCUCCCUGCUGACCAUCUUCACUAACAAGCCACCGUCCAUCAGUUGAUGUGCUGACUGACUGUUCCCUGCUCGCCGCUUCUCACCGCCAAACCUCAGCAGCUCACAUCUGUCUCAGACUCAUUCAGCAGGUAUAAAUGUAGAGUCAAACAUGCUGUGGUUUUAUUGUCAUACAUAUUGAUUUAAGUUUAAUAAGAACAUACAAACAGGUACGAUAUAUUCAAAUUCCAAAUUAUACUGUAUAUAUUUUACUGUUAUUCACUUUGUUCCCAUUAAAAUACAAUGUCAUGUGUGUAAAAAAAUUACCAUAACAUGAUUAUGCUUCACUUAAUGUUAAACAUGUAUUUCAGUACAUGUGCAGAGCGCC